AUAUUAGCUUUGGCUUGAACAAAAGCCAUACACAUCAAAGCAAUGGCCACCGUUAAAUUCCUCUGUAGCUACGGCGGGAGAAUCAUCCCUCGUUAUCCCGACAACAAGCUACGUUACCACGGCGGCCACACACGUGUCCUCUCCGUACAACGCUCCAUAUCUUUUGCCGAGUUGGCGGUUAAGCUCGGCGAGGUAUGCGGGAUGAAGGUGAGCAGUCUCCGGUGUCAGUUACCAGCGGAUGAUCUCGACGCGCUUGUCACCGUAUCAUCGGACGAGGAUCUAGCCAACCUCAUGGAGGAAUAUGAUCUCGCUGCGACGGCGCUUAAGAUCCGUGUUUUCCUUUCUCCUCCGCUUUCAACGAUGUCGUCUUCUUCUUCGUCGAACUCAUCAACCUCUCGCUCUUGCUCUCCUUCGUCUCCGUCAACUGUGAGCCCGAAAACAUGUCCGGUCUGUGUAGAGAGAUCGCAUCAUCGCAACACAAACAAGGGAUGCUACGUUCAAAGAAGUCCGAGCCGUGAUCAGUUCUAUCUUGUCCGCAAUUGAAACUCAUCACUUACACUGUGGCAGUGACUAGAAUUCUUGAAUUCUUAGGAGUUUUUUAUCUUAACACCGUGAGGAUCAGUUUCGGAUAAGGCAGAAGUGAACUCGAGAGUUUCUGUUUUAUGUAAUUGUAGGACCGCGAAGAUCAUGAAAAUCAAGAAACAGAAUCGAGAUAAUAUAAGGUUGAAAAACUUUUAAGAAAUGGUUAACUAAGAUGAAUUCAGAGAGAAUAUGGUCUGACCAAUGAUAUGACCAAAGAGGUAUCUCAGCAGUUUCUCUCUGUCACAGUACUCUCUUUAUCAAAGAAAUAUCUCAGCAGUUUCUCUUUGAUAAAGAGAGUACUGUUCUUUCAAUUACCUCCCACUGGGAGAGAUUAUACUUACCUUCCUCCCUUUGGGAGAGAUCACUUUUAUCAUCCUAUCUUUUGGUAGUGAGAAACAUUCCCGCAUCUUCCCUCUCCAUGAGAGGUAAAACGUCUCCGGUGUUCAAGCCGGCAUUGUGCUCUUCCUUGUUGGAGCGAAGCUCAGCCUUUAUGGCACUGGCUCUGGCCUUUCGAGCGUUUACGGACCAUUAAAUGGUCUUUGGGGUUAAAGAAAGCGGUUUUCAAUUCUGCCCUCCUCCAAAUCUCAUCUUAUCCAAGUCUCGAGGACUGGAUUUCAUUAGUUGAAGAUGCGGCGGCUGCUUGUGUUUUGUCUACAGCUUCAGACAUUGGUUUUAGAUCUCAGAACGUGUUCUCAGAUUCUCUCAACUUUGCCUCCCUAAUCAUCUCAAAUGAAUUGGUACACUGCUGUGUAAUUCCUCUGAUUCUAUCAAGUUGUUUUAUCUUCUAUGUAGUAGUGUCAAUGUGAUUGUCUUUUAAUGUUGUCCUGUUCUGAAACAAUUUCUCAUUUAUGGAGUG